AUGGCCCACCAGUCCGACUCGAAUGGCUAUUCUCUAGUCGCACCCCCUUCCGAAAGUAAUCUCGAGGACAACACGGGCGAAGAUGAGUUGAUUCCCGUCCACGUUGCUUCGCUGGCGGAGAAGAAACGACUCUGGUGGCGGAAUGCGGUCAUAAAUGUGGGGUUUAUAGCUUCAUGGUUUGCGUUUGCGAUUGUGCUUUCCGUCUACAACAAGUGGAUGUUCUCACCAGAGCAGUUCGGCUUCCCCUCGCCGCUGUUCGUGACGACUCUGCACAUGGCGGUCCAGUUCACGCUGGCCGCACUCCUGAGAGUGAUGUGGCCAAGGCAUUUUCGUCCAGCACACAGCCCUUCACGUACAGACUAUUUAUACAAAGCCGUCCCGACAGGUGUAUCCACAGGCUUUGACAUAGGACUUUCCAAUUUAUCGUUGAAACUUAUUACUUUGUCAUUCUACACUAUGUGCAAAUCGUCGUCCCUCAUCUUCGUUUUAAUGUUCGCGUUCCUCUUCCGGCUCGAGACAUUUUCGCUCCGCCUUGUCGGCGUCAUUGUGCUCAUAGUCAUCGGUGUGCUCCUCAUGGUCGCGACGCAGGCGCACUUUGACCUGACUGGCUUCCUGCUCGUUAUGGGCGGCAGCGCACUUGGCGGUUUCCGCUGGAGCCUCACCCAGCUGCUACUGAGGAACAAGAAAAUGGGCUUCAACAAUCCUGCGGCGACACUGUUCUGGCUCGCGCCCAUCAUGGGCGUCUCGCUCGCCAUCACCACCCUCCUCGUGGACGGAUGGGCGAAAGUCUUUAACAAUCAUUUCUUCGACGGUGAAGAGUUACUGGAAACAUGCUUCUUCCUCAUCUCGCCUGGUAUCAUUGCAUUCUGUAUGGUACUAAGCGAAUUCUACAUUCUCCAGCGCGCGGGUGUAGUCCCAAUGUCCAUCGCUGGCAUUGCCAAGGAGGUGUCGACCAUCACCGUCUCGGCCUGGUUUUUCGGCGACGAGUUAACACCCCUGAACAUUACGGGAGUUGCCAUUACUGUUUGCGGUAUCGCGCUGUAUACGUACCACAAGUAUCGGAAGUCAAUAGACUCCAACGUCCCUCUUGACGCCCAUGGAAUUCCCAUCGAAGAUGAUGACAUGCUGGACGACAGCGUAGCUCUUCAAGGCGGGCUCUCCGAUGAGACACAACGACUCAAUCCAGAUGCUGAUCCGAGAAGCAGUCAUGACUCUCACACGGGACAUAUGCCACCAGAUGAUCUCACGGGGGAACCCGAGGAGCUGCUCUUCGACGUCGGCAGCGAUGAAGAUGCAGAACAUACUGAUUAUGGGGCCGGAGCAUCCCGCUCGGCGACCAGCGAUCCGCCGCCGUAUACCGUAGACGAGGUCCCGCGUGCAUGGAAAGAGGAUCUUCGCAUAUCAUAG